AUGUUUAGAACCGCUAUCACCCCAUUAGCUAUUAGACCAGUCACUAGAACGUUUGUCAGGACCAAGGGCUACAGUUCCAUUACUAAAUUGGCCUCUAUGGCAGAGUUUGAGUCCUCUAUUAAGGCUUCUGGUCUCUCGGUAGUCGAUUUUUAUGCAACAUGGUGUGGUCCUUGUAAAGCUAUGGCUCCACACUUGUCGAAGUUGGUCCAGGAGUACCCAGAUGUUGACUUUUACAAGGUUGAUGUCGAUGAGAGUCCUGAGAUCGCUCAGCAUUGCGGCGUGAGUGCAAUGCCAACUUUCGUUUACGCUAAGGGUGGGAAGUUACUUGGAAAAGUGGUCGGUGCCAACCCUAAUGGGAUUGAACAAGGCAUCAAGGAUUUGAAAUGA